AAUAAAUUGGACACCGUCACUUUAAACGACCACAUCCGUGGAAGUGAGUCUCGUUGCAAUAAGGGCUGUAGUCCAUAUACAGUUUGUGAGUCCACUUGACACCACAUCGCAAAACGUAACAGCUCUUUAUUUGCAAUUGGAAUAACGUUGUCGGGAAUAUUAUUUAGAGUUAGCCUACAGGCAAGAACUGCGGGUUAACACUUUGAUCUCCUGACACAUUUCCGACGUUUAAAUGUGGUUAUGGAUUAAAAUCCUUCCUCGCCUGUGAGUUAUUUCCAGGUGAAAUUACUAAUGUAGGCUACAUACGGGCAGGCCAAGGUUUACAGCGUGAGCGCACGUACCUACUACACUUCCGCCUGGAACAGGUGGAUAGUUGUUUCUUACCGUCCACCUGUUAGUGGUAUGGGGAACCAGGUUGAAAAGUUGACACACUUAAGUUAUGCUGAAGUUCCGACCGCUGACCCAAACGGGUUCGAGCUCAAAGAUGACUGUCCUCGGAUCGGAGUGUCCUACAUAUUCUCUAACGACGAUGACGAACAGGAGGACAAUAUUGAUGGACCCAACAGUGAUCAACUAAACCAGGAAGAGAGGCAAUAUGACAACCGGAAUGAACCCGAAUGCUUGGUAUACUACAGAGAGGAGUGCGUGUACGAGAAAAAUCUGAAGCUCUCAGAUAUGACCACAUAUUCGCCGGAAAACCUAUUGAUUAAAUGCAAACCUGGCGACUUGGUAGAGUUUUUGGCCACUGGCCAGUAUCCUCAUUGGGCCGUGUACGUCGGGGGCUAUCAAGUAGUCCACUUGCACCGGGCUGAAAUAAAGAAUAACUUUCUGACAGACGCAAGUCAAGGGAAAAGAGGCAGAAUAGUAAAUGGCCUUUAUAAAUUCCGUGCGUUGCCUCCUGAGGUGGUGGUGCAGCACGCAAUGGAGCAUGUUGGGGUGCGAGACAGAGAGCUGUGCUGGAGAAACUCUGAGUGCUUUGCCGCCUGGUGCAGGUAUGGCAAGCGCGAGUUCAAAAUCGGUGGAGAGAUUCGUAUAGGAAAGCAGCCUUACAGGUUGAAAUUACAAAUUUCAGAAAAAAAUAUCCAUGUCCUGGAAUUUCAGAGCUUGGAGGACUUGAUUAUGGAGAAGAGAAGAAACGACCAGAUAGGCAAAGAUGCGGUGAUUUUGGAGCUGGCCAACCACCUUAAUACGAAGGAUGAAAUCAAGAAUCACCACGGCGUUAAUUGAAGGUUUUACUAAACCAUGAGACUGUAGAACUGACCUGAUGAUUAAACCAAAAUCAUUAAAAAAAAAUUGGAAGUAGCCAAAGAAAUGUCUUGCUUGUAGGCUAUUCCGACGUCUGGCAAAAGUCUCAACAGUGUCCAAUCUUAAUAAGAGGUGAAAAUACAAAUUUGGAACUCAGGGGUAAUAGAACACUAAUGAAGAGUUUGAUUAAGGAGACCUUAUUGUACAUUGAUAUCAGACAAUAUUUCUUUCAAUAGUUAAAGUAAAAAAUUAUUGGAGGGAUAAAGCUAUCUUUCCUGAGGGCAAUGUUGAUACAGUUUUCAUAGCCAUGACUGGAACUUUAAUUAAUUAAUUGAUUAAUGGAUUUUUAAGAUUUAUUUUUUGAAUUACGUUUUUAUAUAUAUAUAUAUAUAUAUAUAUAUUAGUUGGGGUAGUUACUCAAAAAGUAAUAUAUUACACAUUGCUAGUUACCUUUUUUUAAAGUAAUGCUUUACUUGACUAGAUUACUCACUGUUGAAAGUAACUAGUUACACUACUAGUUACAUUGCUUUUGGAUUACUCCAACAUCACCUGAGAUGCACUAUAAGUUACUUGCGAAGUUAUAUGCCCAAAUCAACUCAAAUUGUUAUUAUAAUGAGGACAUACACACAAUCUCUUUUAUGCUUUUUAAUACAACAAUGCUGACAGUUUUGAACAUCAAGUUGUCAAGCAUAACAAGGCUACAGUACUAUACACCAAAAGCAUACAGAAUGAUGUGUUUGAGGCAGAUAUUUGACAGAUCUGGUCAUGAAUUUAAAAAAGAGCUGAUUUCAGUGUCAACCUUUUGGAAUAUUAAGAACCUAAUAAUAACAGUAUUAUUUACUCUGAUCAAAUGAAUUCCCUAAAGAGGCUUGUGAUUGUUAUAUGAUAUAAUGUAAAAUCCUGGAACCACUGAGCUGAAAAUAAAAUCCUGGUAACAUC